UUUGUUGUCAGAGAAUCAAAAACGUAAUCCACAUUACAGCUAUUUUAAAUAAUUUUGUCGCUUUCAUUAUGUGGGUAACAAGUAUCCUAUCUAGUUGGUUCACUGUGUCCCAUGUUAUUCUUCUUUCAUUUUUCUCUAUUUGUUACUUUUAUUUCAAAUCUAAAAAUUCAGAAAAAUACAGGUUUCCUCCUGGGCCAACACCACUUCCAUUGAUAGGAAACCUUCAUUUAUUGAAUAUGAGGAGACCAGCCUUGACUUUAAUGCAGCUGUCAGAGAAGUAUGGCACAGUAUAUACAUUUCACAUGGGUAUGCAAAAGACUGUUGUGCUGACUGGUUAUGACACAGUGAAGGAUGCUCUUAUAAACCAUGCAGAAGAGUUUGGAAACAGAGGACAUUUACCACUUUUUGAAAAUGCAUACACAGAACAUGGUAUCAUUUUUGCCAAUGGAGAAUCUUGGAAGCAGAUGAGACGAUUUGCACUCUCCACGCUUAGAGAUUUUGGAAUGGGUAAAAAGACCAUUGAACACAGAAUUCUGGAAGAAAGUACAGCUCUGAUAAAGGUUUUUGAAUCUUUUAAAGGGCAGCCAUUUGAGAACACCUUAAUUAUGAACUCUGCUUUGGCAAAUGUAAUCUGUUCCAUAGUCUUUGGACACAGGUUUGAAUAUGAUGAUAAGAAGUUCAUUCGCUUUUUAAACAUCAUUAAUGACAGCGUUAGAAUAAGUGGAACAUUGUUUAUAAGGCUUUACAAUGCCUUCCCUUUCCUAAAAUUCCUUCCAGGUGCUCUCAGGGAAAUAGAGAAAAACAGUGAAGAUUUUAAUGCAGAGCUGAAAAAGAUUUUUGCAGAAUCUAAAUCUACUCUUAACCAUAGUGACAUACGAAGUUACACUGAUGCAUUCCUUAUCAAGCAAGAAACUGAGAGAGCAAAAUCUGAAGACACAUAUUUCCAUGAUUUAAACUUGUUGUAUUCAACAUCUAAUUUGUUUGGAGCUGGAACAGAAACAACAUCUGCAACACUCCGAUGGGGUUUUCUUCUAAUGGCAAAAUAUCCCGACAUACAAAAAAAAAUACAGGAUGAGAUAGACAAUAUCAUUGGACCUAUGAGACCUCCUACAAUUGAAGAUCGUAAAAAUAUGCCGUACUGUAAUGCAGUCAUCCAUGAAAUACAAAGAUUUGGCAAUAUUGUUCCAAUGAAUAUCCAGCAUGAAACAUCUAGGGAUACAUACUUCCAAGGUUAUUUCCUUCCAAAGGGAACACAAGUGAUUCCUUUGUUAGCAUCUGUACUUCAAGACAAAACUCAAUGGAAGACACCAGACCACUUCAACCCCUCUCAUUUUCUCAAUGCUGAAGGGCAGUUUGUUAAGAAUGAUGCAUUUAUGCCUUUUUCUGCUGGACGAAGAGCUUGUCUUGGAGAAAAUCUGGCAAAAAUGGAGCUUUUCUUGUUCUUUGUUGUCUUGUUGCAGAAAUUUACCUUCUGUCCUCCACCUGGUGUCAAAGAAAAUGAACUGGAUCUUGAACCAAGAAUUGGAUCAACACGCUCCCCAAAACCUAUAUUACUCUGUGCAGUACCUCGCUAAUACAGAACACCAAUAUUAAUAAAUUACUUUUAAUGAAGACCAAUAACACUAGCUGUUCUGAGUUUAUAAUGAGUGCAGACUACAAAAUGGGAUUUCUAGCAAGAAAUAUAAUGUAGUCAGAACUGUAAGGAGCACAAUAUUUAGAAAACAGCUGCCAAGAAAGCCUUGUUGCAUAAGCAUUUGUUAGAAUGUUGUUAGAUUAGUUCUGACUUUACUUUCUUGGCUGUUCCUUGUUUCUUAUAUAAAUACGCAGGAUUAACAGUAAUCUUACACUUCACUGAUGCUUUCCUGAUCAUCGGUCUUUUCUCUGAAAGAUGAAUGUUAAAGCUUAUUUAACUGAAGUGUGUUACAUUGUGGGAGCUGGCAGCACACUUUUUUUGGGGAGGGUUGCCUCUUCAUCCACUAUAGUCUCACUUUGGAGAUGAUAUAUAUAUAUAUAUAUAUAUAUAUAUAUAUAUAUAUAUAUAUAUAUAUAUAUAUAUAUAUAUAUAUACUUUAGGUGAUGCAGGGACUGAUUCCUCCACAUGGGUAAUGCAGGGAGUCUUGUCCUUCUGUAAAAAAAACUUUUUAUUAAUAAUUAUUUUUAAUUUAUUCUUUUCAGACCUGAAUUUUAAGAAGAAACUAAAUAAAAAUGUGGUAAUGCAAAUGGACAUAGGUCAACCCAAGAUUAACUACAUAUAUACCACUAGAAGAGCUAACAUUAGAUCAGGACACCUAAUACUAAAAAUAAAUAACAAUAACAGAAAAAGAUGACAGAUACAUUACACAAUGCCUUUGAAGAUUAUGGAAUGCACUUUACAUUGUAAUAAAGAAGUCAGUCAUUAACUUUCUUAAGAAAUAGUCUUGAUAUAUAUUUUGGGAAUGUAGUUUUCUGUAUGGAAUCAGACCCAUUCCAUCAGUGUACUACAAAACCAGUGCUCACUCACUGGGAAGUUGUUGUUUUACUGUUGGUAUGUCUGCUUUUUCUCACCCUGUUACAUAUAGAAACUACCACUUAUGGGUGUCUGCAGGAUGUUGAAGAGAUAUUGAUUAUGGCCAUGUCAUUAGCCUUAAAUGACUGAAACUGCUGUGCUUGGUAAAUGAGCAAAUAUUUCAGUGAAGUUCUUUCAAUUACACAUGAACAAGUCAUUUGCAAGCAUCAGUCAAGCUAUUCAGUUUGUUAUCAAGAGACUUCCAUCAACAGAACAAUAAUUAAAAAAUUAUGAAAACGUCAAUUUAUUUUUUUGCCUGACAGGUCACUCACAAAUAUCAAGAUGGCCACCUUCUUGCUGGCGCUGUCAUGCCCAGCCUGGUAAUUAUUUGCAUAUGGUUUGUGACUGUGUAGAUAUUAGGAAAUGCACUCAUAUAUCUCCUGUUCUCCAUUUUCCAGUCCAUUGCUAUGUAAGUUUAGACUAUACAUGCCUCACUUGGUUACACUGGAAAAAUUUAAUCCUAGGUCCUUGAUAUUUAAUGGAAUCACUUGGCUACCUUUGAGGGACUGGACUGUUGACAAGAUUAGUUGGGCUAAUCGUAACCUUCCUACCUCAUUCUAGAGAUAUCCACUUUUAACUGUUAUUAAUACCCCAAGAAGAAUGGAUAUUAGUUCUACCACACUUAAUGGAUUCAACUAACCACUUCUGUCCUCCUUAAUUCUGUAUGCAAAUAUUGGAAGAUGGUCAUCGCAGAUUGGAUGACUUAUUUCAUGGACAUCUUCCAAAGUACAAGAUGUGGGAUGAGCAAGCAAAUAGACAUUCAUGACAGGGUGGAAUCAUCAAUGAUUUGUCUUUAUUUAUGUGCACACAAUGCAUAGUGUAUUCAUCCUGAUACUUGUGUUUAUAGCUGAAUGACAGGUUCUGAAAAUGUAUUAAAGGCACUGACUGAUUCAUAGGUGUUACACAUUACAGACUUAAUAAUGUCUUUGGUUAGCAACAUGAAAUAUUUACCUUAUUAUGUGUUAUAUGGCCUGAAAGAUCUGUGGUUUAGAAUAACAGUUGGAUAUUAAUGUUAUAUAGUACUGUGUUAAAUGAUACAUAUGUGGUUGUUUUAAGUACGUUAAUGUUUUAUAUUCUCUCUUUUUCUUUAUUUUUGUUAUUCUUAGCAUCUAUGGCUUGUGUAUGGAAAGAUGAUUUAUUUUCAUGAUAUAAGUGUGUUGUAUGAUGUGGCUUAAUAAAGACAUUUACUGUAAAACAAUGAAUUAUGCUAUAAAAAUAAAUUGAUACUACAUUUA